AUGCUGCGCCUCCUAAGCGUCGGUCUGCUGCUGGCAGCGCAGGGGUCGAGCAUGGGCUACGAGCUCAAGAGAUUCGGGCUAGGAUCCCAUGCUCGCCUUGCUCCUUGCGUUCAGCCAGGCUUCGUUAGCUUCUCAGCCCUCCCCAAGUUUGCAAUGCGAGCCCCGAGCGACCUGGCGGUUGCUCGUCUCCGUCCCAAGGCUGCUUUCGCUGUGAGAAGAGCAAGGCUCGGUUGCCGCUCCUUGGGCAUGAUGGCUGACGAGGGAGAAUCUCCGCAUGCAUCAGUAGACAGCGACGAGGCUGAAGCUACUUGGACUCUCCAGGACGACCUAGAACGAAUCCGUGCAGCACUGGAUCCUGGAUCCGAAAGCGGCCGCAAACUGCAGGAGACCAUAGAGAAGCUGGAGAAACUCAGCGAUGCUGCCGUCCAGCCCAAGUCCACCAAGUUGUUCAAGUCGGUGAAGAAGAGGACAGGGGCAUUCGCUGUCAUGGUUGAGACUUGUCUGGAGGAAGGGAGCGAGCAGGAGGUGGUGGACCUGUCGCGACAAAUCCGGCAGAGCAAAUCAUCAGGGAUCAUGAUAGACGUCAGGAACACUUUCUCCUCAGAUGGAAGACAAAGCUUCGAUCAAAUAUCCCAGGAGCAGAGAUCGGCAAAGGGAAAUUUUCCAGGGCCAUGCCCGAUUGUUGUUCGCCAUCGAUCUAUUGCACAUCCAUGGCAGGUUGCCGAGAUCUCGUGUGCAGGAGCAGAAGGGGUCGUGUUGUCCUGUGCCGCACUGUCCGAUCAGGAGUGGGGCUCAAAGCUGAUUCAGAGCUGCAACUUUCUUGGACUUGAGGUCCUUGUGGAAGUAUCCGAUGAGGACGAAGUGAAGCAAGCUGUGGAGGCUGGAGCAAAGAUUGUUUGUGUCAGAGGGGUUGAGAGUGUGGAGGAGGCUGUCAUCCUCAGGGCGAGCAUCCCCGACACUUGCGCGGCCGUGUGUGCUGUCCCAGCCCAACAGGAAGACAACAAUGAGAUAGUUGAGGUCGAGCGUCUGAAACAGGCCAAGUAUGAUGCAGUCAUCCUCAUGGACGCAGCCCUCUCCGCUGGCCCGGACCGUUACUACGUGCAGUUCGCACUCAACGAGAUUCUUGUUGAGCAAGAAGAGCAGCUCGUACUCCUUCGGGACGAUGGGAACCCCGAUAAGCCGCCCCCCGGCAUGAUGCCGGCAGCGCAAGAGGCGGCGAAGAGGAAUCCAAGGGCAUGGGCGAAGGCGCAGCGGGAGGCGAAGAAGAUCGUCUCCGACUACAAGAGGGGAGUGAGGGUACUGGACAAGUCAAGACAGUUCUAA